AGCCGCGUUGUGUAACUGGGAUCACGCCUUCUCCCUUCUAAUCUCCAAUUCUUUCUCCACCUGGUUCGGUGUAUUUCUCUCCCCUCUCUCUCUCUCUCUCUCUCUCUCUCUCUAGAUCAGAGGCGAUGUCGUCGAGCCUUGUUUCAGCUUUCUCUCUAUGGCCAAGUGAUAAGCUUUCCUCCAUGCCCAUGGCAAGCUCAUUCGCGCCUUCGCUGCGUUUUCUGCCAUCAAGUUCGAGGCAAGGAAUUGCCCGUGCGGCACGAGUGCGAGCCUCCGCAGAAGCCGAUGGUCCUGUUCUCACGGGCAUCGUCUUCCAGCCUUUCCAAGAGGUCAAGAGAGAAGAACUUGCGGUCCCGUUGUCGCCUCAGCUCUCCCUCGCCCGUCAAUACUAUUCCGAGGACUGCGAAGCCGCGAUCAACGAGCAGAUCAAUGUGGAGUACACUGUGUCCUACGUUUACCACGCCAUGUACGCAUAUUUCGACCGGGACAACAUUGCUCUCAAGGGCCUUGCCAAAUUUUAUAAGGAGUCGAGUGAAGAGGAAAGAGAGCAUGCUGAGAAGUUGAUGGAGUACCAGAACAAACGAGGAGGGAAAGUAAAACUUCACUCCAUCUUGAUGCUGCCUUCGGAGUUCGAGCAUGCCGAGAAAGGGGAUGCCCUUUAUUCAAUGGAGCUAGCGUUAUCUCUGGAGAAGUUGACAAAUGAAAAGCUCCUGAGCCUGCACAGGGUUGCAGAACAAAACAAUGACCCGCAGCUCCAGGAUUUUAUAGAAAGCGAGUUCUUGUAUGAGCAGGUCGAAGCAAUCAAGAAGAUAGCAGAUUUCGUCACACAGCUGAGAAUGGUCGGAAAAGGCCAUGGUGUUUGGCAUUUUGAUCAGAAGCUAUUACAUGUCAGAUCAAAUCUUUUCCAGUUUGUAGAAAGAAUAAAUCAUCACCAAGACAAAGUUUCCUACUUUUUUUCGGUUGAAACCAGGAGAAAGCUUUUAAGAGUUUGUGUUUGUAGAAAGUUCAGUUGCUCUCUAAAUAAGCUCUAUUUCCCAUAGUGAAGUGAAAAUCCGAGGAUAGAAUUUCAGUCCUUGAACGCUGCUUACCAACACGUCACAGGCUGGUCUCCCGGACUGUGCAACUUCACUUCUUUUUAAAUUAUACAAAGGAAUGUUAAAAGCUAUAGCGGAA